UGAUCAGAGAUUGUACGUAGCAUGUUCUUCACAAUCAUGUUCCCACCGAGGUAGUCUAGCAUCAUGCCAGUCUUCUUUGAUGCUCUUUCGGGGGGCAUAUUACUUGAUUCCAUGGUGCUCCAUACGAGUCGUGCAAUCAAGCCUUAUGGUAUCCACGCCGCUCCACGAUGAGGUGCAUGAGAUUGCACAGGCUUACUGGGUGCCAUCAGCUAUCCAUCCUAUUACGCCAACUGCUGGCACUUUGACAUUAGAAGCGAUUGGCAUUUUCGCUUAGAGUGAUACGUGAAGCUGCUGUGAGCUUCGAUGAGAAGGAAGCUGGCUUCAGCUUUCUCUCCUGAGGUAUAGGGUAUAAAGAAUGUCCACUAUCUCCACUCUACUCGGAGUUGUGGCGCCUUGUACCGGACACGUGAAAGUAGCAGUCUCACCUUC